UACCUACAGGCGUGGCCGCGUGGCAAGAUACCACUUCCUCGUCACUGUCGUCACCAUUACGUGUAUGGCACGCAUAACCAACAACUUGGGAAGUUCAACAUUGUUUAGGCUUAACAUAACCAAGCACAGUGGUGGAUUUACUUUGAUAUUAUGGCAGAUAAAGGACCCAUCUUGACUUCAAUCAUAAUUUUUUACUUGUCUAUCGGAGCUGCGAUAUUUCAAAUACUCGAGGAACCAAACUGGAAAUCAGCUUUAGAAGAUUAUAAAACCCAAAUGGCCGAUAUAUUGAAGAAAUAUCCUUGCUUAAAAAAGGAUGAUUUGGAUGAGAUCACUAAGGUUGUGGCUAAGGCGGCUGGAUUAGGUGUGACCAUAACAGGAGAAAAACAAUUCAAUAUCUGGAAAUGGGAGAAUGCUGUUAUUUUUGCUGCCACGGUCAUUACUACCAUAGGUUAUGGUAAUGUUGCUCCGAAGACUGCCGGAGGUCGUGUUUUUUGUAUCCUAUAUGGCCUUUGUGGCAUUCCAUUGUGUCUCACGUGGAUAAGUGAGUUGGGCACUGUCUUUAGUGACAGAGCAAAGCGCCUAAGUCAGGUUCUUCUCCACAAACGGCUCACUGCGAGAAAGGUUCAGUUCAUUUGCACAGCUGUAUUCCUUUUAUGGGGUUUCCUGGUUCACCUGAUCAUCCCAUCAUUUGUGUUUAUGACCUGUGAGCAAUGGACAUACUUGGAAGGCCUCUAUUUUUCUUAUACCACCAUGACCACUGUAGGUUUUGGAGACUAUGUAGCAGGUGUGAACCCAGAUAUGGACUACCCGGCUCUUUACAGAUUCUUUGUGCAGCUGUGGAUUUGCAUGGGUCUUGCCUGGUUGUCUCUGUUUUUCAGCUGGAAUGUGCAUAUGGUGGUGGAGGCUCAUAAAGUCCUCAAAAAAAGGAGGUUGAGACGUCACAGACUACCCAUUGAUGACUUUUCUGAAACCAAACCAUUAUUGAAAAAAUCUCCAAAGCCACCACCUCUCUCUGGCGUCAUUGACAUCUUUAAGUUUAUGUCUGAAAAGGUUGAGGACUACAGCGAUGUCAUCCAAUCUAUUAGAGCAGAUGAGAAGAGGAAGAGAAAUAAGACUGGCACGGAGGAACCAGAACUGGCACGAUCCAAAAGCUGCAGUGACCUCCUGAAUGGUCUUGUGAUCCCACUCGAACACUCUCCUCGUCUGAAAAGAAUGUUCAGCGUCAGUGCGAACAUGUGCAUGGUCACAGCUGAUAAAUCAACAGAAGAUCUCAACAAAAAUCAAGAGGAACAGAAACUGCCAAAGGAAACCCAUAAAGAUUUUUGCUGUACGAUAGACCCACCACCAGUCUUUCAAAGUCCUACACAAAGCCCUAAUAUUACCAAUAAUGUUGACUCAAGGUUUUUAGUAUAUAGAGUACCAGAAGACCAAAUAUCAGGAAGGAGAAAAAGUGCUGGUUGAAGUAGAGACUAUCUGAUCUAAAACAUCUUUCUACAGUUACGUUCUGCAUAUCACGAAUGCUGGAAACCAUGAAUUGUGAAGAUCAUUAUUAUGGCUGAACUAAACAGCUGAAGGGGCUAAAGCCGGUGCUAUCAGUAGCACUUAAGACACUAGGAAUAUGACUCCAAGACCAAAGAAGUUUUUGCCAGUCUUCAUACAGAUGUUUCCUUUUCCUACUGUAAGUAAAGCUGCAAAGUAUGACUGCAGUUUAUGAGACACUAAAGUGAUUGAGUUCACAGAAUUGAAAACGUUUAGGUAACACACGGGGUAUUACAAUCAGUGUGUGACGAAGAUAAAUAUGUGAGGGUUGGCAGAGGAAGUGAAAUGCAUUUCCUCCCGUGCCUGGACCUUCACAGAUGUUGUAGUCACUGGGUUCAUUCUUUUUCAUUCUGUCAGAUCAUUUCUCUAAAUAAAUGUUACCAGAAUCAAGAAUCUCUGGCUGUUUACAAUGGCAUGUUGUUUUACUGCACAUAGGGAUGCAGCGAUUAACCGUCACGGUUAAGUAACUGUAAAGCCUUCGCUACACCGCGUGUUUUUGUUUCACGCACGCACGCACGCACGCACAAACCAGAUCCACGAAGCACCAAGAGGCGCAUGCGUCAUGAUGCAUUGUAUGACAAAGCUCCGCGUUCAAAAGAGUAUGUGCGCGUGACGCGUCUCUUGGUGGUUCGUGCAUCUGGUUUGUGCAUUGUAUGACAAAGCUCCGCGUUCAAAAGAAUAUGUGCGCGUGACGCGUCUCUUGGUUGUUCGUGUGUGUGUGUGUGUGUGUGUGUGUGUGUGUGUGUGUGUGUGUGUGUGUGUGUGUGUGUGUGUGUGUGUGUGUGUGUGUGUGUGUGUGUGUGUGUGUGUGUGUGUGUGUAUGUGUGUGUGGGGGUGGGUGUCUGUGUGCGCGCGCACCUGCAUCUGUACAUGAAAGAGCCACACUUCAAUCGGUCUACUCUGUACAGCAUUAAAAACCUCCUGCUCGCGGAUCAAACCCGGGCGGGGCUCCUGGUGGUCUGACUGCAUUUCAUUACGUUGAAUUAUUUUAACGCGUUAAUGAUUAAUUAAUGAAUAGCAUGAGUUAACACGUUAAUCUUGCCACCCCUAAUAUUUAUAUUUGAUUUUUGUGUAAUAUUAAGCUACACCUGUCAAAAUGACUGGCAGUACCUGGCCCAGGAUGACCCUGUGUUAUUAUUCGUUUUGAGAGGCUCUUAUCAUUUUUACUUCAUAUAUUUUACUUCAAUACUUCAAACAAACCAAAAUAAUAUAACUUUAUUCAGUCCAAAUGUAAAAUUACAUUUAUUCAAAAGAUCAUUAAAAUGAAUAGCCUACAGGUUUUAAGGCACCUAUACUGUUUAAGUCAAAGCCAGCUAAGUUAUUAUUAUUAUCAUUUGUCCAAGAAUUUUAGAAAAAAUACACAAACUGAAAAUACAGAAAAAUGUAGCAAUUGAUUAAAAAUGUAUUCAUGUGAUUUUAUACAUUAAUGUUGUGAAAUAAAUGAAUCCUUAAUAACCGUACAACCGUGAAUAUUUAUCAGACUAUAACCGUACCAUCAAAAUCUAUAAUCGCUGCAUCCCUAACUGCACAGUAUAUAUGUAUAAUGUAUGCAAACUGUUUCUUAAUAAAUAGUAUGAAAGGCACUUUAAACAGCAUGCAGAUUUGUUAUGCAAUAUGUCUUAAAGGAAGGAAAUAUGUUAAAGAUCACAGUUGAUAAUAUUCCAAUUCCUUCAUCAAACUAAGCACAUCCUAUUGUUGGUAGUUUAAUAACCAUUGUUUAGUCGGCUCAACUUCAAUUUGUGAAAAAUUUUGCCACUACUGAGGUAGGGCAUUCUCAGGAUUUCACAAAAUUACCAAUUUUUUUGGAUUUGUUUUAAGGCAAACAUCUGUCUAAUUGUGGAUUUUGUGCAUGAAAUUUGUCUUUGGAUUUUUUUGUAUGUUCUAUCCUGAAAAUAAAAAGUAUUUUUCCACA